AUGCCCGAAGUGUUCCUAGGCUCAGUAUCACAAGAAGAAUCUCAUACUGGUCAAGUAGUCACUGUCUUCUCUUUCUUAAAGGGUUCCCAAAGCAGCCAAUCCUAUGGGCAGAUCUCUCGGCCUCAAUCUGGCAGUUCUUAUGGCCAGGUCUUCCAGCCACAAGGAGGUACUUCCUAUGGCCAGAGUGGGCCAACCUAUACCAUCAGCAGUGGUUCUUAUGGACAGGGCUCCCAAGGCAGCCAGUCCUAUGGUCAGGUCUAUCAGCCUCAAGGUGGUACUUCAUAUGGCCAGCAAGGUGGAUCUUCUUCAUCAGGGGGCAGUGGAGGUUGUGGACAAGGUACUUCAUAUGAUAGCAAUCCCUGCCACCAGGAUGGAUCUCAGAGUGGUAGCCAGAGUGGAUCAUACACCUCACAAAGCUAUGGUGGAAGCCAAGGUGGAUCAUCAUCCUCACAAAAUUAUGGUGGCAGCCAGGGAGGAUCACAAAGCUAUGGUAGCGGCCAAGGUGGAUCAUAUUCACAAAACUACGGUGGUGGCCAAGGUGGAUCAUAUUCACAAAACUACGGUGGUGGCCAAGGUGGAUCAUCCUCACAAAACUAUGGUGGUGCCAAGGUGGAUCAUAUUCACAAAACUAUGGUGGUGGCCAAGGUGGGUCAUCCUCACAAAACUAUGGUGGUGGCCAAGGUGGAUCCUACUCACAGAACUAUGGUGGUGGCAAAGGUGGAUCCUACUCACAGAACUAUGGUGGUGGCAAAGGUGGAUCUUCCUCACAAAACUAUGGUGGUGGCCAAGGUGGAUCAUAUUCACAAAACUAUGGUGGUGGCAAAGGUGGAUCAUACUCACAGAACUACGGUGGUGGCCAAGGUGGAUCAUCUUCUCAAAACUAUGGUGGCAGCCAGGGUGGAUCAUACUCACAAAGCUAUGGUGGUGGCCAAGGUGGAUCAUCCUCCUCCGACACCUAUUAUGAUAGUCAGGAUUCACAGGAUUUCUCAGAUGAUAAUCCCAAUGCCUGUGAUGAUAAUGACACUACAUACAGCGCUAAUAGUCGGAGUUCUGGCUGUGUGAAGAGGAAAGUUGUUGUCAGAGAUACUUCACAUGUUUUAAGCAAACGAGACUAUGAUGUCCAGAAUGAGUCCUCUACUUCAAAUAACAGCCAUACUAACUACCAGG